AUGGCCAGUGAAGCACCCUCGAUGGGUGCCAGCAAACGCACUUCAACAACACCCAGCCUGCGCAAUAGCCAAGCAGCACGACCUGCGUCCCCUCAUACACCACAAGCACGAUCCGGAACCUACCCCAGCAGCACGUCACCGGGCUCCUCCUUUCGAAACGAAGACGAUGCGAUCAUAUUCGAGAUAGGUGCGCGAUGGCUACGCGCCGGAUUUGAAGGACACAGCGCCCCAACGUGUGUGGUCGGCUUUGGACCCGAACAGUCGAGGAGAGCAGGGGAUUAUCGAGGAUGGAUCCAGGGCAGCAUCGGAGACGGACGGCUACCACAACCUGUCGAUGUCGAGGAGUGGACACGAGCGUACGAACUAUGGCGGUCGGAUUCGCGAGAGAUCGAUCUAGGCCUGGUUGAGGACAAGAUCGAGCGCGCGUUUCGGGAGACAUACAACCAAUUUUUGUUGACAGAUGCAGGCACAUCUCGCCUCGUUCUUGUCCUUCCCUCUCUCAUGCCACAUCCGUUGCUGUCAUCGCUACUGUCGACGCUCUUCAGUCGCUGGCGCUUUCCGAGUAUUACACUUUUGUCGAGCGCAGCCAUGUCAGCAACGGCAGCUGGAUUACGGUCGGCUUUGGUAGUUGACAUUGGCUGGGCCGAGACUACUGCAACGGCGAUAUAUGAAUACCGAGAGAUAACUACGAAGAGAACGACACGGUCUAUGAAGCAUCUGAUGCAGGAAAUGGGGCUGCUUCUCACUGGGCUGGCUUCCGACGGUGAUCAUGACGCGAAGGUUACGGACAAGAUCUCUGUCGGUUUUUCAUACUGUGAAGAAGUGGUCAGUCGGUUUGCUUGGUGCAAAUCCCGAAGCGAAGAUGAUACAGCGGCGGACGAAAACGACCAGACCUUGUCAAUUCCAUCGCCAGCAAAUCCUUGCCAAGAAUAUACAGACGUGCCUUUUUCGCGACUCGCCGAGUCUGUCGAUAAGGUGCUGUUCGCACCGGAUAUUGCAGAACAUGAGCUGGAUGACGAAGAAAAAACCUUGCCUCUACUUGUCUACAACACACUUCUCUCACUGUUUCCCGACACACGAGGCACAUGCAUGUCCCGUAUUGUCUUUGUGGGCGGCGGCGCUCGAAUUCCUGGGCUACGACGGAGGGUCCUCAAGGAAGUUUCACUCUUGAUAGACCGUCAUGGAUGGAGUCCGGUUCGAGGCAAAGCACUCGAGCGACAGCGACAGAGAUUGGAGGAGCUGAGGCUUUCAACUCGCAAACCUUCAACCGAACCCGAACCUCCUAAAAGCAACGAAGAAGCGCCAUCCACCGACGAGAAACCAGCUGAUCCUUCCAAGGAAGUACCAGAGAUUGACUUUGUGGAACAAAAACUCCGUCGACAAAACAAAGACAUUCCAGUUCCUAUCCAAGGAGUCUUGCGUGAAGUUGAAUCGCUUGGCCCAUGGGCUGGUGCGAGUCUGACAACUAGUUUGAAGAUUCGUGGUAUGGUAGAGAUUGAACGAGAGAAGUUUCUACAGUAUGGACUUGCCGGGGCCACUCGAGACAUGGACCAUGUUCCAGAUCGUCGAUCGGGUUUGAGAUCUGGCGGCGAUCGGUCGAGUUGGACGUUGGCAGGUUGGGCAUGA